ACACACCCCGUCUUCCGGAUUUUGAGGCGUGUAGGGCUGGACCCAGCAGGGGCAGGUCGAAGAGCGCUGGAGGACCCCCUAGCCCCCAGCCAUGCUAUAGACCUGUCGGGAAUCGGGAUACAAUAGGUGCAGGAGGACCCUGAGGCGCUAAGUGCCGUGGGCACACCGCAGACAGCGCUCUGUCCAGCAGCCGCAUACCCACCAGCCAGGAGCCCGAACAUUAAAUCGCCCGCGUCCCUUUAAGGGCAUCCUCCCUCUCGCGAGAACUACACUCCCCAUAAUGCAAGGCGCACGAAGCAGGAGCGGUGGCCGCAGCAGCUUCCGCCGGCAGCCCACCUUGAAUUGCAGGCUUAUUUCCGCCAGUGUAGGUCACGUGAUCGACCCCCUUCCAAGAUGGCGGACAAUCUGCCCUCGGAGUUUGAUGUGGUGGUGAUAGGAACCGGUUUGCCAGAAUCUAUCAUUGCAUCUGCAUGCUCAAGAAGUGGCCAGAGGGUUCUACAUGUUGACUCGAGAAGUUACUAUGGAGGAAACUGGGCCAGUUUUAGCUUUUCAGGAUUAUUGUCCUGGAUUAAGGAAAACCAGGAAAAGACUGAUGUCAGGGAGGAUAGUGAAGAUUGGAGAAAAUUGAUCCUUGAAACAGAAGAAGCUAUUUCUCUUAACAAGAAGGAUAACACCAUUCAGCAUGUAGAAGAUGUCUGCUAUGCCAGUCAGGAUUUAGCUGAAGACGUUAAAGAAGCUGGUGCAUUGCCAAAGCUGCCAGCCUUUGAAGCUUCUGAUAUUCGUGAGGCUGCUCAGGAGUCUGAAAGAGAGUGCCUGCCGGUGCAAAGCCAGUCAUUAGGGACCGAGAGCUGUGAAAUAUCUCCAGAAAGUGUUACGUGCAAUGAUCCGGAGAGUAUGACAGAAAGGAAGGAUGCAGAAAUGACCUCUGAGAGAGAGAAAAACCUCUGUGAUGCAACUUCUGACCAGUCUGCUUUGGAAACAGGAAAAACAGAAAAUGUAUCAACUGCAGAAGCUGCUGCCUUGGAACCAAAGAAAAUUACAUACACACAAAUUGUUAAAGAAGGCAGGAGAUUUAAUAUUGAUUUAGUUUCCAAGCUGCUCUAUUCCCAGGGACUGUUAAUUGACCUCCUAACUAAGUCUAAUGUUAGCCGAUAUGCGGAGUUCAAAAAUGUCACCAGGAUUCUUGCAUUUCAAGAAGGAAGAGUGGAACAGGUACCUUGUUCCAGAGCAGAUGUCUUCAACAGCAAACAGCUCACUAUGGUGGAAAAGCGAAUGCUAAUGAAAUUUUUGACAUUUUGUUUGGACUAUGAACAACAUCCCGAGGAAUACCAAGAUUACAAGGAACGUAAAUUUUCAGAAUACUUGAAAACCCAGAAAUUAACAUCUAACUUGCAGCACUUUAUUCUGCAUUCUAUUUCAAUGGUGUCGGAGGCUGACAGUGGCACCAUAGAUGGACUCAAGGCAACAAAGCACUUUCUUCAGUGUCUUGGCCGCUAUGGCAAUACACCCUUUUUGUUUCCUUUGUAUGGUCAAGGAGAGAUCCCACAAUGCUUCUGCAGGAUGUGUGCCGUAUUUGGUGGAAUCUAUUGCCUUCGCCAUUCAGUACAGUGCCUUGUAGUGGACAAAGAAUCUGGACGAUGUAAAGCACUCAUUGAUCGUUUUGGGCAAAGAAUAAGUGCUAAUUAUUUUGUGGUGGAAGACAGUUACCUUUCAGAGAAAACAUGCACAAAUGUGUGCUACAGGCAGAUCUCCAGAGCAGUGCUCAUUACAGAUCAAUCUGUACUAAAGACAGAUUCAGACCAGCAGAUUUCCAUUUUGACAGUGCCACCAGUGGAACGAGGGCAGCCAGCAGUUCGAAUCAUUGAGUUGUGUUCUUCAACCAUGACGUGCAUGAGAAACACCUACUUGGUCCAUUUUACCAGCUCAUCAACUAAAACUGCUAAAGAAGAUUUAGAGCCUAUUGUACAGAAACUGUUCUCCCUAAAUGCUGAAACAGAGAGAGAGUCCGAAAAUGGAGGAGGACUGGAAAAGCCCAGUGUCCUAUGGGCAGUAUACUUCAACAUGAGAGAUUCUACAGGCAUUGACAGGAAUUCAUAUGACUGUUUACCCUCAAACGUCUAUGUCUGUUCUGGGCCAGAUUGUGCAUUAGGAAAUGACUAUGCUGUCAAACAGGCUGAGACACUUUUUCAAGAAAUGUUUCCUAAGGAGGAAUUCUGUCCACCACCACCAAAUCCAGACGAUAUUAUCUAUGAUGGAGAUGGGACUCAGCCAGAAGACUCUGGAUUCAGUAGUUCAUCCAAUGCAAAAACAGAGCCCUUGCCUGAGGAAAGCAGUGAUGGAGAUAGCUGUAAAGUUUCGGAAGAACAUCAUGAAGAAUAACAUACUGAGAUUGAACCCAGUAUCACUAUCAUCUCAGUGGAAGAGUUUGAUUGACCUGGUGGUGGAAGAGUACAAACAGUUGUAUUCAUUAUAUAUGAUAUCCUUACUUAGGCUGAAUAGUAUCUUACUUUUUAAGUAGCCUCAUUUGAUUUCAGUGAGACUGCUUAUAAUUGACUAAUACUCAACCUGUCACAGAGCUGGAUCCAGAAUCAUAAAAUAAAACAUUUCAUUUUCAAAUCUGA